AUGAGGAAACAUGACCACUAUUGUACCAGAGUUGAAGAGCCAGGAUUUGGCUUAAGCCCUGAUCUUUCCUAUUCUCUAAGACAGCACAUCAUGCAGCAAAUUCAGAGACUUCAGGCUGACUGGGUCUUGGAAGUAGACACCUUCUUGAGCAAGACGCCCUAUGGCUACCGGUCUUUUUCAAAUAUCAUCAGCACCCUUAACCCCACUGCCAAUCGACACUUGGUCCUGGCCUGCCACUAUGACUCCAAAUAUUUUCCCCACUGGGACAACAGGAUGUUUGUGGGAGCCACUGAUUCGGCUGUGCCAUGUGCAAUGAUGUUGGAACUUGCUCGCGCCUUGGACAAGCAACUCCUCUCCUUGAAGAAUAUAUCAGGUUCCAAGCCCAAUCUAUCACUCCAGCUAAUUUUCUUUGAUGGCGAAGAGGCGUUCCUUCACUGGUCUCCUCAGGACUCUCUGUACGGGUCUCGACACUUAGCGCAGAAGAUGGCCUCGACCCCGCACCCACCCGGAGCCAGAGGCACCAACCAACUUCACGGCAUGGAUUUAUUGGUCUUGUUGGAUUUACUUGGAGCUCCAAAUCCAACAUUUCCCAAUUUUUUUCCAAACACGGCGAGAUGGUUUAAUAGACUUCAGGCAAUUGAACAUGAACUCCAUGAAUUGGGUUUUCUCAAGGAUCACUCUUUGGAGAGGAAAUAUUUCCAGAAUUUUGGUUCUGGUGGCAUUAUUCAGGAUGAUCAUAUUCCAUUUUUAAGAAAAGGUGUACCAGUUCUGCAUCUGAUACCAUCUCCUUUUCCUGAAGUCUGGCACACCAUGGAUGACAAUGAAGAAAAUUUGGACAAGUCAACCAUUGACAAUCUAAACAAAAUCAUACAAGUGUUUGUGUUGGAAUAUCUUCAUUUGUAAUAUUCUGAUUUAAUUCCUGGUAAUGGCUUCUAUGUUGAAUUCAAAAGUCAAAGCAUCACUGAAAAUAAUCUGGCUCCAGAUAAAUGUUGCGCAGAAACUUCUAUAAAUUUAUUCUGAGGGUGUCUUUGAAUAUGUGAUCAGUGAAUCAUAGAAUUUUAUAUUAUGUUUUCAAUUGCAAUGUAGAGAUAAAAAGGGAAUGUGUAAAGAAAAGAAAAAAUAAAUAUCUUUUAAAAACUCAUUUAGAUAAGACUUCAAAAGAAAAUUAGAUUCACUUACUCAAUAUAGAUUUUGAAACAAUACUAAAUAUGUUGAUGCUGUGCAGUAUGUACCUUUAAUGUUAUGAUUUUUCAUAUUUUGGAAUCUAUUAUACAAUAAAAAAUGGAGAUAUACUUUGAAGGCUUUUAGUCCUCUUUGAAAAAUCUGUGUAGGGUUAAUUUUAUAGAAAUUAAAAUCAGAAUUAAAUGCCAUGCUAUGAUUUUUUUCAUAUAUAUAAAUGAAAAAGUAUUUAAUGCCUA